GUGUGUGAGUGUUUGGUGGUUUGAGCUCGCGCUCUCCUGUCAGUAUCGCACUUUAAAUGCUGCGCUGUGAUGCGCUGGGAUUGUGAUGAUGGAGAAAAGCCCAGUCCUCAUCGUGUGCUUGCUUGUUGUGGGAUUUGGUGGAGGAUGUGACGGUCUGUUGUGUAACUGCACCACGUCUCAGUGUGAAAAGAAUGGCUACCGCUGUGAGACGACGGGGGCCUGCAUGGCUUCAACCUCCCUUAUUGAUGGCCAGGAGCAGCACGUUAGAAUCUGUAUCGAUAAAGAGAAGCUGGUUCCUCCUGGACAACCCUUCUUCUGUCUGAGCGCCGAGGGGCUGCUCAACAUCCACUGCUGCUAUACGGACUACUGUAACAGUCUCGACCUCAAGGUGCACUCGGUGACUGUGCAGCCUAAUACAUCAACCAGGAUGGGUGGCUGGGGGCCGGUGGAGCUGGCCGCCGUGGUUGCAGGUCCUCUGUUUGCACUGUUUGUGCUGGUGCUGCUGGGCCUCUUCCUUUUCCAACACCACCAGAGGGCCUACGGCCACAGACAGAGGCUGGAGGUGGAGGACCCCAGUACUGAGCACCUGUACCUGGCUAAGGACAAAACACUACAGGACCUCAUCUAUGACCUGUCCACAUCUGGCUCAGGAUCAGGUCUGCCUCUAUUUGUGCAGAGGACAGUAGCUCGGACUAUUGUGCUGCAGGAGAUUAUCGGGAAGGGCCGCUUUGGAGAGGUGUGGAGGGGAAAGUGGAGAGGAGGAGACGUGGCAGUGAAGAUUUUCUCCUCUCGAGAAGAACGCUCCUGGUUUCGUGAAGCCGAGAUCUAUCAGACCAUCAUGCUGCGGCAUGAGAACAUACUGGGCUUUAUUGCCGCCGACAACAAAGAUAACGGGACAUGGACUCAGUUGUGGCUGGUGUCCGACUAUCACGAGCAUGGCUCUCUGUUUGACUAUCUGAACCGAUAUUCUGUCACCAUCGAGAUCAUGAUCAAACUGGCGCUUUCUGCUGCCAGUGGCCUGGCACACCUGCAUAUGGAGAUCCUGGGCACUCAGGGUAAACCUGGUAUCGCGCACCGUGACCUGAAAUCAAAGAACAUUCUGGUAAAGAAGAAUCUCACGUGUGCCAUCGCUGAUCUGGGCCUCGCAGUACGCCACGAGUCCGUCACAGAUACCAUCGACAUCGCCCCGAACCAGCGCGUGGGCACCAAGAGGUACAUGGCUCCAGAGGUGUUGGAUGAGAGUAUCAACAUGUGCCAUUUUGACUCCUUUAAAUGUGCUGACAUCUAUGCGCUGGGGCUGGUGUACUGGGAGAUCGCUCGCCGCUGCAAUGCCGGAGGUAUCCAUGAGGAAUACCAGCUCCCCUACUAUGACCUUGUCCCCUCUGACCCGUCCAUUGAGGAGAUGAGAAAGGUGGUGUGUGACCAGAGGUUACGACCCAAUGUGCCCAACUGGUGGCAGAGCUAUGAGGCCCUGCGUGUGAUGGGGAAGAUUAUGAGGGAGUGCUGGUAUGCCAAUGGUGCCGCUCGACUGACUGCUCUGCGCAUCAAAAAGACCCUGUCUCAGCUCAGCGUGGAUGAGGAUGUCAAGAUGUGAAAGAAGCCCAAGCAGAGUGACAGUCAGAGAACACCUAACAAAAAAAAAAAGUGUAUAAAAUUACUACUACUCCAAACUAUCCUGCCAGUUUGAGAAAACGUAACGCUGUCAGUCGAGUUGUGACGCGGCCUACCUCACCCACAAAGCCAAAACUACUAACAAAAUUGUAUUGCAUCAUAUUCUUGAACUCAACUGCUCCUCCAUCCCUUUUUAACGUAAGGCUCCAGAGUGCAAGUUCUGAUCCUACUGAUGUACAGCGAGCACUGCUGCCGCUGUAAUAGCUGAUAGCAAAACUCUCUCGUCUCGUGGUAUCGCAGUUUAAUUUCCCAAUCAGCCCCAUAUCAGCAACUCGCAGCAGAGAGCACUUUUAACUAGCAUAUAGUGUGAACUCCUCCUAACAUGUCACUGAAUCCAGUUCUGGGCUGCUGUCUUGUCGAGAAGUGAAAUUUGAAUAUGGGUUUGUACAGAUCCUGUUGCACUCCGUGUGUCUCGCUCUUGUAGGAACGUGGGUUGUACGUGUUCACCGUGAGCAGAGUAUCUUACUUGAAUGCAGGUGCUAUUUUGAGCUUUAGGUAUAAUUGGGGUGCAUAUAAUUUUACCCAAACCUCAGAUUUAAAGCGAGGGUUCAAUACACAGAUUAGGUAGGUCAGUCCAGGGAAAGCUGACCCCUGUCUGGAUAAAUAUAUUUAAAAAAAAAGAAAAAAAGUUGGGUUAUAUUCUGGCACUACUGAUGUAUGUAUUCAGUGGAGUGACUUCAGGAAAGCUGGACAGUGCCUAUAUAUAUAAUAACUUUUAUUUUUUUUGGUUCUUGAGACAUGAAUUAAUCUGUUAAUACUGCAUUUAUUACUGCAUUCAUUCAAGGAUGACCUGCAUAUUUUGUGUGAGAGAGAAAGAGAACUGGAUCAUUGGCAUCCCUCUCUUUCUAUGACUCAUCCACACACUCGGUGAAUGGUACAUUGUGUAUUUAUUUUUGAUUUGACGCUCUCCAUUUGCUCUUUUUCUUGCUUUAGUGUCCUCAGAUUUCUCCUUUCCUCUAUAAGCUAAAUGUACAUAGAAUGUAUUUUUGGAAAGGUGCAGCAGCGUAUAUCUCAUUCCCUUUCGGUUUUUGAUUGAUUGAUUGAUGAGAUACUAAGUGAAAGUGUUGGUGAUUUUUGUAGUUCCUCUCGCACGUGAUGAAGCCGUCUGAACGUUAACCCAGCACGCUGGUGAAUUUUCACGUUCGGUUCUCCAUUUUCACCCCUCACUGUAGCAUCCCGUAGCAACAGUAUGACCAAUUUAACAGUAUCUAUUCGGCAAUAUGCCUUUUAACCAAGAAAGCACUGGGAAUGUUGAGUAGAUGAAAGGUUUAUGCAAUAUUCAGGAGGAGUGUGCCGGUUAGGUAGAAUUUACUAUACCUUGACGGUGCAUUAGUACUUUUUUAAAAGAAGUACGUACCAGUGUAUGUGGAGACAGGACGAGCUGUUAAACCUGACCUUAAGGAGUGGCCUCAGCUCUUUGACACUGUAUUUUUGACUACUGUACCACACAAGAACCUUUUCUAUAAUCAGUACUACUGCCCUGCUCCUACUCACUCUCCUUCCUCUUCUUGAUAUGCAAGUUGUAAAUAGUUUGUAUGUAUGAAUUUUUUUUUUUCUUCUCCCUUUGGAUGUUUUUUUUUUUUUUUUAAUCCUAUAGACGAUUCUUGAAGCUUGCUGUAUUUUUGUGACUUUUUUUUUUUUUUUGAGUGCGCGCACUCACAGGUACUACUGAUCUGAUAAUUCUUUCUCUGUCUGUAGAAUCUUCAGUCUUAAUGAUCAGUAUACAGAUACUGUAUAAAUAGGACGCGUAGUCGUGUUAAAGGAUGAAGAGUUCUUAGGAUUCAAUGCCAACUUGGCAUGAAAUUGUUAAUCGAAACCUCUCUAGCAUGUGAAAGCCAAAAAUAAUAUUUAUGGAGAGUUUUUUUUUUUAAAUGUGGUUUUCUUAUUAGGACUCAUUUGUUUUUAUUAGGAUUUUUUUAAUAACUUGGGAAAACCUGUAUGUGUUUUAUUACACUGGAUUAUACACUACUGAAUACACUACAGUACUCUUAAAAUGAAACAAAAUUCGUACUACUGUCUGCUGAUCCUGAAACUGCCCUUCUGGUGCAGCAUCAGCCAGUUGUGGAAUAUUUUAUUUUGGGUACAGCUAAGAUUUUUAAUAUUUAUUUUAUGUCGUCUUUCCUAUUGUGCAGGGUUUUUUUUUUCCUUCCUCCCAAACUUUUAGUUUCACCUCUCCAGCUGAAAGUGUAUGUACAUAUAUUUAUAGCUUCCUGACAAAGUUUCUGCUGCUGCUGUGUUUUGGAGGCAUGAGCAUAGUCAGGGUUAUAUUUAUGAAUAUAGGUCGGCUCCUGUUGUGCUUCUAAUUCAGAAGAGACCUGUGUAGCUAUGAUGCCUGAAAUGCCUCGUUGUUAUUCUAAUACACAGGCUGGAUAUGAGCCUUCGUUCCUAUGUAUUACUAUAAGGAAAGGUGUAUAUUGUGACAGAUUGACCUUUGACCCUACAACCUGUCUGCUGAGUAAUCUCAGUGAGCUCCUAAACCCAAAUCGGUGUUUUCAGGAAUCAUUUCCAAUCUUGUACAUAAGUAAUAUUAUACAGUAAUAAAGACAUUUUCCUACA